CAGUCCCCGCCGUGUUUUCCCCGCCCCUCCCCCCGCCUCCUUUACGCCCCUCCCCCCUCCUCCCCUCUGGUUGGAAAGUUUCUAGAAUCUCUUCCCAGCGGCCUUUGCGGUUCCAACAUGGCGGAGCUGACGGUGGAGGUUCGUGGCUCCAACGGGGCUUUCUACAAGGGAUUUAUUAAAGAUGUUCAUGAAGACUCCCUCACAGUUGUUUUUGAGAACAACUGGCAGCCAGAACGCCAGGUUCCAUUUAAUGAAGUUAGAUUACCACCACCGCCUGAUAUAAAAAAAGAAAUUAGUGAAGGAGACGAAGUAGAGGUGUAUUCAAGAGCAAAUGACCAAGAACCAUGUGGAUGGUGGUUGGCUAAAGUUCGAAUGAUGAAAGGAGAGUUUUAUGUCAUUGAAUAUGCUGCUUGUGAUGCCACUUACAAUGAAAUAGUCACAUUUGAACGACUUCGGCCUGUCAAUCAAAAUAAAACUGUCAAAAAAAAUACCUUCUUUAAAUGCACAGUGGAUGUUCCUGAGGAUUUGAGAGAGGCGUGUGCUAAUGAAAAUGCACAUAAAGAUUUUAAGAAAGCAGUAGGAGCAUGCAGAAUUUUUUACCAUCCAGAAACCACACAGCUAAUGAUACUGUCUGCCAGUGAAGCAACUGUGAAGAGAGUAAACAUUUUAAGUGACAUGCAUUUGCGAAGUAUUCGUACGAAGUUGAUGCUUAUGUCCAGAAAUGAAGAGGCCACUAAGCAUUUAGAAUGCACAAAACAACUUGCGGCAGCUUUUCAUGAGGAAUUUGUUGUGAGAGAAGAUCUAAUGGGCCUGGCAAUAGGAACACAUGGUAGUAACAUACAGCAAGCUAGGAAGGUUCCUGGAGUUACAGCUAUUGAGCUAGAUGAAGAUACUGGCACAUUCAGAAUCUAUGGAGAGAGUGCUGAUGCUGUAAAAAAGGCUAGAGGUUUCUUGGAAUUUGUGGAGGAUUUUAUUCAGGUUCCUAGGAAUCUUGUUGGAAAAGUAAUUGGAAAAAAUGGCAAAGUUAUUCAGGAAAUAGUGGACAAAUCUGGUGUGGUUCGGGUGAGAAUUGAAGGAGACAAUGAAAAUAAACUACCUAGAGAAGAUGGUAUGGUUCCAUUUGUAUUUGUUGGCACUAAAGAAAGCAUUGGAAAUGUGCAAGUUCUUUUAGAGUACCAUAUUGCUUAUCUAAAGGAAGUAGAACAGCUAAGAAUGGAACGCCUACAGAUUGAUGAACAGCUACGACAGAUUGGUUCUAGGUCUUAUAGUGGAAGAGGCAGAGGUCGUCGGGGCCCUAAUUACACCUCCGGUUAUGGUACAAACUCUGAGCUGUCUAACCCCUCUGAAACAGAAUCUGAGCGUAAAGACGAGCUGAGUGAUUGGUCAUUGGCAGGAGAAGAUGAUCGAGAGAGCCGACAUCAGCGUGACAGUAGGAGACGCCCAGGAGGAAGAGGGAGAAGUGUUUCAGGGGGUCGAGGUCGUGGUGGACCACGUGGUGGCAAAUCCUCCAUCAGUUCUGUGCUCAAAGAUCCAGACAGCAAUCCAUACAGCUUACUUGAUAAUACAGAAUCUGAUCAGACUGCAGACACUGAUGCCAGCGAAUCUCAUCACAGUACUAACCGUCGUAGGCGGUCUCGUAGACGAAGGACUGAUGAAGAUGCUGUUCUGAUGGAUGGGAUGACUGAAUCUGAUACAGCUUCAGUUAACGAAAAUGGGCUAGAUGAUAGUGAAAAAAAACCCCAGCGACGCAAUCGUAGCCGCAGGCGUCGUUUCAGGGGUCAGGCAGAAGAUAGACAGCCAGUCACAGUUGCAGAUUAUAUUUCUAGAGCUGAGUCUCAGAGCAGACAAAGAAACAUCCCAAGGGAAACUUUGGCUAAAAACAAGAAAGAAAUGGCAAAAGAUGUGAUUGAAGAGCAUGGUCCUUCAGAAAAGGCAAUAAAUGGCCCAACUAGUGCUUCUGGCGAUGAAAUUUCUAAGCUACAGCGUACUCCAGGAGAAGAAAAGAUUAAUACCUUAAAAGAAGAAAACACUCAAGAAGCAGCAGUCCUGAAUGGUGUUUCAUAAACUGAAGAAGUUCCUAGUUUACAGUUCUUUUACAUUACAUUUUACAAUAGUGCUUGUACAAGCUUGCCAAAGAUAGAAUAUGGAUCGCCAGUCUUUACAUCGCACUUUCAGUUCCUCCAUUUGGAAUUCAGAAAGGGGAGGGAUCCUGAAGAAAUCAUAUGUUAAACAUACUUUGACACCUACUGUGUUAUAAAAUAUAUCAUCAGAUGUGCCUUGAGAAUAGUAUAUGUAACAUUAAAAAAAGUUGCUGGCUAUAGGAAAUGUUAUUUUGUUUUCAAAAUAUGGCAGAGAUGGGGGGAGGAGGGUGGGGUGGGAUCCCUAACGUAAUAUUCUUUAUGAAAGCAUUAGCUGCUUUUGUUACAUUUUUAAUAAUAUGCAACCACUUCUUCACCUGAGGAAAACUAGAAUGAAAUGCAGUCUAAAAUAUUUUGCACUGAAUUGUAAUUCUUCAUUAGUUUAGUCUGGAAACUGGUCUGUUUUAAUGUGUUUUUUAAAUGCUGUAUGUUGAGGAAAAUCUGCAGACCACUGGAAUACAUUUGUUAAACUCUCAUCUGCAGGGACACUGGGUGAUAUUGGCAGUGACUGUUCUACAUUGAGGCUUUGUUUGGUUUAUUUAUUAAAGUGUACAGUAUUUAAAAAUCAAACAUAGCUUUAGUUAAAACACUAAGCUGAAUUAGUCAUGUCCAUUUCAGAGAUAACCUGAACUACUGAAAAGAUCAAUUUCCAGGUUUAUUCUGUAUAAAAGUACAUGUUAGUCUUCAGUAGAGUAUCUUUUCCUUUUUUUCUUUUUCUUUUCCUUUUUUUCUUUUUCUUUUUUCCUUUUUUUUUUUUUUUUGAUUUUGGUUGUUUGAUGUGCAAUAUGUUUUUGUAUGCAGGUAGUAAAUAAACUUUGAUCUUCCAUUU